AUGCGUCACUCAGAUUACGGAUGGGUUUCAAUAGAAAAAAACAGUUAUGCAACAGUCACCUGUCCUGCAGAACAUAUCUACUAUAGGCAACUUCAAUUUUGCUACAGCAUACAUGAAAGUGAUCCAAUAGAUUUCAUACAGAUCAAAACAUUCUGCUCAUCAAGGGGUGGAGAACUAGCUGCUGUUACCUCAAAUGAGAUGAACAAUUACUUUAAAGAAUUUCUAGCUGACAGACCCAAUAUAAGGGUUUGUAUAGCAGGAGAAGAGCAACUAGAUGGGAGUUGGGAAUUAGAAGAUGGCACCAGUAUGACAUAUUUCAACUGGUACCCUGGACAACCAGAAUCUGGUAAUCAGGGAUGUAUUGUCAUCAAAGCAACAUCACUUGGUGACAUGUGGAUGGACGCCUCAUGUGCAUAUUCACAGAGCUGUUCAUUUGUGUGUGAAUAUUAGUGUGUA